AUGAAAGGCAAAGGUAAAACAGAACUUGCGAAAAGAAACAAUUAUGGAAUGGAUUACAUGACUGGAGCAAUUGAAUUAUACGAUUCAAUUUUAUUAAUUCAUAAACCCCAUCAAAUUACAGGCGGAGUCGCGGGAGAAAGAUACCCUUUAAAUUUUCUAGCAGCUGUUAAAAAUUCAUUGGGAUCACGAUCUCUAUUCAAAUACAAAACAUUUGGACAAACAUACAAGGAUGCAGCUGAAGAACUUAAAUAUUCCGGCCCCCUAGAAUACGACCCAAAGUGUGAAGAAUUACAGCAUGAAAUAUCAUCAGAGAUGGUUCGAGGAGUGCCCACUAAGUUACCACCAAGCAUUUCAGACGGAUUAAGACGUGAAGCCCUAGAUUAUGUUGUAAAGCUUAUGAAAGAAGAGGGAGAAACACCGCUCGGUCAACUACAAGGAUAUAUGCAGAGUUAUAACGACGGAGCUCGAAGGAUAGAAAAUGCACCGAGUCUUGCCAGCGAGAAAGUUGAUAAAGGAGCUUACGAGUCAGUAAGAGGAAAACUGACGAGUUUAACCGAGAAAAAGCCUGCACCAGAACAUGCGAAGUAUUUACCAGGAAUACUGGACGACUCUUCAAAGUUUUUGGCAGCUCCGUUCCCAGAAAGUGAAUCUGAGAAACGUCGAGUCUUGGCCGAUUUGAUGGCGCGCAAGGAAGACAAUAUUGUUGGCCAAGAUGGUCUGUACAAGCUCACAUUCAAGGAGGGUGGUGAAGAAAUAAUGAAUGCUCCAGUGGGGAUUACGUCUGCUUACGAUGAGUCUAAAAAGACCGAAAUGCUUGGUAAAAUCAACACGGUUAUACCAGAUAAGAAAUUGGCAGAUGCAUUAAAAGAUCCAUCUCGUGAAGGAGCUGCUUAUUUGACAGACAUAAUCAAAGGAAGAGGUGAAGCAAUGCAAGUCAUUCACGACAGUAUGCAAAAAGAAAAAUCAAAGGACUUCCUAUCACUUGGCAAGUUUCAGAAAAAUCAUGAGCAAGCAGCGCAAAUGUUGGAAACAGCAGAUCACUUCGGUGGCCAACAUCCUAAUCCUGUGAUCUUAGAUAGAGUAAACCAGCGCAUUAAUUCUCUACCAACAGUCGUUUCGGCAGACAUGACUAAAGGACACAUGCAUGAUACCACUGAUAUCACGGCUGCGUAUAUUGCUGGUGUGGCCACGAAAGAAUGUGGCUUGAGUGCAAAGGAACUUGCAGCGUUAGAUGAGUCAGGGCAACAAAAAGUGCCGUCUCCAAAAGCGGCAUCCCCACAAGCAGCGGUAUCCCCGCAAGCAGCACCGUCACCGCCCCCGGCGAGCCAGGCUGGGGACAACGCGGACGACGAGGCGCGCAGGAGGGCCGAGGAGGAGGAGGCCGAGCGCAGGCGCCGCGAAGCCGAGGAGAGACGCAAGAGGGAGUUAGAGGAAGAAGAGAGGAGAAGGAAAGCUGCUGAAUUGCGUGCAUCAGCGCGAGCAAGAGGUGCUGAUGAAGUGGAUCCAGACCGUGAAGCAGCAAUGGGAAUUUUGCAUAGUCAGCUCAAAGCGAAAGGUGGCGAAACCUUCUACAAGCAACCCCACACGGAACUUUCCCAUGCACAGGCAUCAGAGUGGCUGACGCAGCCGCCGAUGAAAGUUGAUAAGACGGUGAAGGAGUCUGCGGACACCGGCCGCCUCCACAAGAAGUUCGAGAGGAAACUCAGCACGCUGGUCAACAAAAGCACUCCACCCACAAUGGUCGAUUCAAUGCAAGAUGUCGUCAUUGAGUCUUCUCGUGUGCUAUCGGAAUUAUUCGUCGCGAGCAAUUACAAGGCUUUAGUGCGUGAGGCCCUAAUAUCUGAAAUGCAGAAGCGAGGAAAUGAAAUACUAAUCGAAUUGGACGGAGCUGCUGAAACAUUCUUCUUUGCGGCACAAAGAUUGAAGAAAGCCAAGUCCCUCGAAGUAAAAGAACCGUGCACUAAUGUCGCCUACUAUCUGACAAAGAAACUGGACGAUAUGAUACGAUGUCGAUCCAUGGCCCGUAAAUUAACAUCCACAAUGAAAGAGCACAUCAAAGUUGCUGCUGACUACUUAUCGGAAUUAGUGACUAAACCAGAUGAACAAAUUGAAGCUUAUGUAGCAUUAUUGGGAGAAAUGGAAGCAGCUGGCGACUCCCUUUUAAUUGAGGGAGACAUUCCAAAGUCCUACAAAGAUGCAGCAGCUUACCUACGUCAGCUCACGUCAGCUACAGAUCAAAUAAAUCGCCCGAAUAGCUCUCUACAAUCCCAGGCUGAGAGCAAGUUGAAAGGGAUUAUGGCCAAUGUGACGGCUACUGGCUACACUCAAACUGUGAUGAGCGGAGUCAUAACGGAUUCUACGAGAUUGCUGGUAUCAUACAUCAUGUUGCAAGGUGAAAAGACCGAAGCCUUGAAGAUUAUGAUUGAGCAAAUGGAUCAAGCCGCAGAUAAUGUACUGCUGCGACAUGGUACUAUUCGCAAAACGUACACCGACGGAGCUGACAUGUUACGUGGCAAGAACACCGACCAACUUCGAGUGUCGAACGUCGAUCCCGUCGUGACCCGAAAAAUACAAAUCAAACUUCAUAACUUGAUGAACGGAUGCACACCAGACAAGUACAAAGCAUUAAUUGAUGAUGUCAUCGAAGAUACUACCAUGUAUCUAGCUGUUCACUUCUUGCGACCACAAAUCAUCCAAGUAUGCAAGUGCAUGAAGAAUGUAUUUGUACAAUGCGAACUCUGGUGCGACGAGAUACUGCGGCGGGUCGCGAAGCCCUGCUGUACGUGCUCUCGCCACGUGUCGGCACAGGCGCUGCAGGACCUAGCUCCGGCCCAGCGUCUGCAGAUCAGCCCUGGGUCCUCAAAAGCGUUCGCGCCGGGCAUCGAGAUAUCACUAUCGACUUGCCCUUCAAAAAUGAGCAGAACUUAUAGACGAGGCGAAAAGCCUCCACCUUGUCCUGCCCAAAAACCCACACCUGGCUGUGAAAACGCUACCACAACAUCCUACCUUCUCUACUCAACUGUGUACAAUCAGCGGCCGUACGAUGACAUAUCCUCAAAAUAUUCUCCUGAAGCUGAAUCGCUCCGCGUGGAAACUCCUACUCCGCCACCUGCUGGAGCCGAAAAGUAUUCACCGUUGCAUUCUAUGUUCUUUAAAACGGACCCUUUAGACAUGCCAUCAUCUUCACGUCAAAUGGACAUGAAUCAGCAACCGGAACAUGAGAAACAAGAAUCGGAGGAAUCGUCACCUGAGACUUACUAUACUCCGCCUACGACUGACUCUCAUCCUUCUCGUGAUUCGAGGAGAGACAGCUCAAGUCCUUUCUGGCAGUCGCCGACGACUAUGUAUGCAAGAAUUCAUACACACGAACACCCGUCCUUGCAGAAAGCGGCACCUUUUGAAUUUUCUAGAAGAUCAACAACGAGAGCUAAAACUGGAUUCAAUUCACGUACACCAAUUGUAUCAACUGAUCAAAUGGCUGACUGGCAUGCGAUGAUGGUGAGCCUGAUGUGGAACGUGCAAGCCUGGCGAGACUGGAUACAGGACUACAUCAAUCGUGCCCUUACAUACAAAUAUGAACCUAGAGUUUCUCCGUCUGAAGCUGAAGAAAAAUGGACGGUAUUGCAAAGAAGAAUAGCUACAGAGGCUUUACAGUGGCGCCAGUAUAAUAAUUUCAGCCGUCAGCUCACUCUACGCCUGGCUCUACGAUAUAGAGAUAAACAAAUUGUGUCACCAACACGCGCUACUGUAAAGACUGAAAUGUACAUGGACUGUCAGAGAGAGAUGCUAGACAUCAUCGACAUGUUUUACAGGUGGACGCACUGGCUGAGCGCAGUUGUGAAAGAGACGGACUCAUUAAAACAAGUGCCUGAAUCUGACGUACCUUUACAUGAAUUGCGUUGGAGUCAUUUUAGGAAGAAAAUUGAAGAAUAUUCCGAUGAUUGGAUCAAAUAUAAUGUCCACUUGAAAAUUUGCUGGGAGCACAAAUAUAAAAGCCUUAUUAAUGAAUGGCUGCCAUCGUGGGAGCAGCCGGGACCGGUUUGGGUCGUGAGCGCGUGCGGGGCCGUGCCCAGUGGGGCGGUGGCGGCUGGCGUUUUCGACGGGGAGGUCACGUGGGUCGCGAGGACUACGCACAAAUGCAAUGUGCUACCUGCCGCUCUGCACCCAUCUAAGCACUGCUGUCUUGUCUACGCCGACGGAGCCGUCCAUCACUACACCAAGUAUCAAGUGAUGUGCAACGCUGAAGUAUCGUGGGUAGCGUGGCGCGCGGGCGCAGUGGGCGCGCGUGCAGUGCGCGUGGCGAGCGGCGUGCACGUGGGCCGCGUGCACUACCGCGGCUCGCACCUGCUCGGCGCCGUGCACGCGCCGUCCUUCCGCUGCCACGUCGUCAUCUUCGGAAGACCCUUCGCCUUCAACUGCUACGAACUCCUGGUCUUGACUGGGGGGAAUGGUGAAAAAUAGUGAUCUGAAUUCGCGGACGCGUUUGAAAUUCGUUGUUGAGAUUUUGAGGUCACACCCUCAAAGGGGACGUAAAUUUUAACUGAUUUAUAACAAAGCACAUACGGUGUGAACGCAGCGCUGCGCCUACGCAGUAUGAAAGUUACGGUUUGGAAAUUCGCUGAGUGACGCGACGUGUGUUCUCAAAUCCAUGUCGCGCCGUGCCGUGGCCGCUGCGUUGUACCUAGUCUUUAUGAUUAUUCCAUCUGAAUAUCAUAGUCGCGAAAUAAAUGAAAACACUUGAACAAAUAUUCGAGCGGUUAUAAAAAAGUGGACCGCUCUUUUGGGAAUGACUGACAAGUUUACAAAACAUUGCAGCUACUAUCGUAUAAUUAUGUCCAUUAUAUCCAGAUCGGUGAAAACGUUGGUUUGUAAAUGACGUAAUUUUGUUGUGUUUUGUACUUUGUGAUUUUUGAUCGUUUUGUUUUACACUAAUACACGUUUAUUAGGAA